AGCGGAAGUAUAUUAUUUGGCGCGAAACUUCGAUCCAAGAUGGCGGGCGAUGGUGAACUGUUUAUGGACAAUUUGGAAGAGUUCGUUUACGACGAAGACCGAAUUGUUACCUACAAAUGGUUGAGCAGAACACUCACAGUAACAGCAAAUCAAGCCAAACAGAUGCUGUAUGCAUUUCUUACAACACAACAAGAAAAAAAGAACAAACCUCAACUUUCAGUAACCUACCUUGUUGGUGGUAGAAUAUUACAACAUGGAGAAAUGUGUAGUCAGUAUGUCCUAACGACUGAUGAUAGACUAGAAGAAACCAAAUCCCAGUUUGACCCUGUAACGUCAGUUCACAUCUACAGUAUCCAGAAACAAACCCUGAAAGACUCCAACUCACUGUACAUGGUUGACUAUGAUAUAAGUCGUGAACAUAAGCAUGAGGAAAACAGGUGGAGUCACAUCUACUGCAAAGAAGCUGCUCGGUUAGGGGAUGGGGGUGAAAGUCGUGCUGCUGCAGGGCGCUCAGCACUUGGUAAGGAAAACAGCCACCCAGGACUGAAAACAGCAAAUGGUCAUACAGGCAGCUCAGCAACAGAUGUGCAAAAGAAUAAGGCACCUCCUCAAAAGUCAAAAAAGGGCCAACUUCCUACCAUGGGAAUGUUUGCUGUAAAGACAGAAAAGAAACCAGAACCAAAGGCUGAGCCUGUGAAACCACCAGAGACCAAGAAACAAGAUAAAUCAAACUCUGGAGGGAUGUUGUCUUUCUUUGGGAAGCCAACAGCAGGUCAGUCCAGAAAGACUGAAGCAAAGCAAGAAAAAAUUGAAAAGAAAUCACAAGAGCAAAAGCCAAAAGAAGAGAAAAUUCAUGAAAAGGAGUCUGCUACUUCCAACGAAAAAAAGGAACAAGAAAAAGAAAGGAACAAAAGUGAGGGAAAACCAAAACCAAGAUCAGAAAAAGAAAAACAGCCAACCAGAAAACGGGUUAAGAAGUUUGAAUCUUCUGAUGAAGAGGAGCCGCUGCCCAGUAGAAUCACAGCUGCAGGCAAAGACUUGGAUUCAGAGGAGGAUGAACAGCCAAUAAAGUCAAAGUCGGAAAAGAAAAGCAGGAAAAAAUCAAAUGAUAAUAAACGUAAAAAGAGCACAACUUCGAAACAAUCCACAAGGAAGUCCUCUUUAGAAGAUGAGCCGGCUGGUGAGAAGACAAAACAGAAAAGAAAAAGGGCUAAGAAUGUAUUAUCGGACGAGAGCACAGAUGACGAGUCGCCGCAAGCGAGCGAGCAGUCCGUCAUUUCUGAGACACCUGUCGCCGAACAACAGACAAAACCUCGAGUCAGCGAAUCAGCAAAGAGACGCAAGCGUCAGAAAGUGCUGCAUUCCAAGACCUACAUGAACGACGAGGGCUUUAUGGUAACCGAGAAGGUGUACGAAAGCGAAUCGACUGAUGCCAGCGAUGAAGAGCCUGUUGAAGUGAAACCAGCUGAGCCUAAAAAGACAAGUCCGCAGGCCAACAAGAAAGCACCCGACCCCAAAUCCGCCAAACAAUCUUCUCUCAUGAGCUUCUUUGGAAAGAAAUAAUGUAAAAGCCAAACUUUCUUUCAAAAUUUGUGGUUAUAAAACGAGUUGUUGGAGGGAAAUUGAAUAAAAUAAAAUGAAUGUGUCCUCUUUA